GUAAAGUUUGCUCUCUUGAGGGAGUAAUAAUUCCUGUACUGUGCAAAGCAAGACGUCAACCGGUCAUACCGGUGACGAUUGCAUCCUCACCUGGCUUGCAGGAGGUGGACCUCCUCGCAGGCACAGCGUUGCAGAGAACAUUGCCAUGCACCAGUAAGAUAGCUAGUCACAUCUGCUUCUGUGCCUAUGGCACCUAAGAAGGUUGGCGCCGCCACAACGCGGCAGCCAGCUGCGCCCGAGCUCGUCGACGAUGACGUAGAAGCAUCAGACGAUGAGUUCGCGGGCAUCGGCGACGAGGAUUUGUCCGAUACGGACUUCGAUGGCCUGGUCGACGGCGAUGAUGGCAGCGAGGAGCUCGUAGACGAGACAGAUCAGGACGAUGGAGAUGAAGGGGAAGAUGACGAUGAUCAGAUGGACGAUGCUGCUCGUUUGAAGGCGGCCGCGCAGCGACAGCUCCCGGCUGGGCCGGGACCAAUGAGCGCCGCCACAGCCGCCGCGAAGUCUGGAGGCUUGGUCACGGACACGGCGCUGAUGAUGCACACAGACACCUCUGAUGCUGCGAUCUUACAGAUGGAGGCAAACGAGCUGUUGUUAGAAACAAGGGCCGCUUAUGGAAAGAACUCCGAUGUCGAAGUCGUCAUUUCGCGGCUGAAGGAUGCCCUAUUGUCCAUGUCGGAACACGAGGUGCCGAUGAGCAUUGCCAAGGGAUUUGUCGAGGCGCUAGGGCUGACAGCCGAGCCUGACCGUCAAGCCACCCACAUCCGUCACCGUGGUUGGGAGCUAUGCCGCCCGAGCUGUCGCACGUCCCGAAACCACCGUUGACAUUGCCGUACAGCUGCCGACCGACAUGUUUGUCCCCAAGGCGCACCUCAACUACCGCUACCAUGCUCGCCGUGCCGUCUACCUCAUGGCCAUUGCGCGGCACCUCCGAGACGUCAGCUACAGCCUGUUCGGCGAGCAACGGCUUGAAGCCCUCCACGGCGACCCAACUCGGCCGGUGCUGGUGCUACAGCCUCCCAAGGCGGGCGGCUACAGCCUGCGUAUCCUGCCCUCCAUCGCACCCGCCACCUUUGCCCUGCCGCGCCUUGCACCGGACCGAAACGGCGUCCGAACACACUGCAAGGCGGCGGCUGGGAAGGGUGCGGCGUCGUCAUCUUCGCUGCCUGCUGCGGAGGCUGCCGGGAAUGCGGAUCAAGAGCAGCAGCAGCAGCUGUUACCCACUCCGCACUACAAUGCGGGCAUCCUGGAGGACAUGUUGCUGCCGGUGCAUGCCGCCAGACUAAAGUCCGUGCUGGCGUCCUCGCCUCGCCUGUUGGACGGUCUGCUGCUGCUCAAGGUCUGGGCGCGGCAACAUGGCUUGCAUGCGCGCUCUGCUGCUGCCCCCGCCACCGCCAACAGCGCUGACGCGAGCACGAGCAGCUACGGCGGCGGCUGCCUGGACGGCUGCUUGCUGUCUAUGUUGGUACUGCUGCUGUCGGAGCGUAACAAGAUGGCCGGCUCCAUGUCGGUGCUGCAGGUGUUCCGAGCGGCGCUGCAGCUGCUGGCCGACUCGGGCGCAUGGAGCAAGGGGCUCGCACUGGGGCGAGUGGAGGGAGGCGCUGCAGGCAGCCUGCCAGCCGGCGUCACACCGCCUACCAUGCAAUGCUUCAAGGCUCACCACCAAGUCGUUUUCCUUGACUUCACCGGUUACCUCAACGUCGCCGCUCACAUGACCCGUGGGUCACUCGCGCACGUCCAGCUCCUCGCCCGUCGUACCCUAGACCUCCUCAUCGCUCCUGCGGACCCGGAUGAGGCCUUUGCUGCGGCGCUGCUGACGCCCCUGUCGAGCCCCGCCGCCGCAUUUGACUACCACUGGCGCGUCUCCCUGCCCUCGCCAUCCUCAUCCGGCUCCGGAGCCGCCUGGCCCGUUGUGAAAAAGAAGGACAACGGGGCGGAGGCUGCGACCGGCUCGGCAAAGGGUGCUGAGGAUGGGGAGGAGUUGGUUCGGCAGGCGAUGUGUCGGGAUCGCCCGUUAUGGAGGGAACAAGAAGUCCAAAUCGAGCAGCUCGUACGACAAGCCCUGACGGAUCGCGCCAAGGUCGUACGGGUCAUCCGUCGGCCGCUUUCCUCCUCCUGCGUCCCUGAAGACCUUGAGCAUGGCCUCAUACCCCUGGCCGGCUGCACCUCCGCAUCUCCUUCCUCCUUUUCCACCGCUGUCUCCUCUUCUUCCUGUGGCGUGUGGGUUGGGGCGGUGGUGGACCCCCUGGCUGCUUGUCGGCUGGUGGAUGUGGGCCCGGCGGCGGAUGAUGCACCCGCUGCGGCGAGGUUCAGACGCUUCUGGGGAGACAAGUCCGAGCUACGCAGAUGGCAAGACGGCAAGAUUACCGAGACGGCGGUCUGGGAAGUCGCCCCACACCUCCGCCACACCAUCCCUGACCUCAUCCUCCAACACACCGUCAUCCGCCACCUACCGUCCGGCUCCUCCCUCGCCGGCGCCGCCUCGGGUUGCCUGGACUGGGCACUUACCUGCCGGACAAGCCCCCCUGGCGCCGAUCUCACGGCCUCCCGAGCUGCGGAGGCGGCGGCUGAGAAGCUUGGAAAGCAGCUCAGAGCGUUGGAGGGACUGGCACUCAAGGUGAUUGGCGUGCAGCCGCUGUCGUCGGUGACCCGUGGGACGGCGCCGCUGCCACCGCAGCCGCAUCCCCUGGCGGGCGGCUCGGCCGCGGGUGCGGGUGCGGGCGAGGCCGGCGGCAGUGGAGGCAUUCCGAGGUGUUUGGAUCCGAUGGAGGUGCUGGUGACAUUGGAGAGCUCAGGUCGCUGGCCUGAUGACCCAGUCGCCUUCCGCAAGAUGAAGGCCGCUCUGGGGCUUCAGCUCGCCGCCUCCCUCGCCUCCUCGUACGGCCACCACGUCAGCGCCAGCGAGGAAGCUGUGGACGUGCUUCUGGACGGCUUUGCAUUCCGCCUGGUUCUCUACUCUGGACGAGACGAAGCCAUGCUGACCAAGGCCGCGGCGGCGGCGUCCGCUGCUGCCGGAGACGCUACGGCUGUGACUCCCGGUGGCGCCGGCGCCGGCGGCGUUGUUGGUUCGGGGCAGCUCAGUCCCGAGGAGAGCCCGCUGCUUCUGAGCUGGCACCACGGAUUGAUAGCGCUAGUGGGCGGUGCCAACGCGGCGUAUGCGCCUGCGGCUCGGCUGGCGGGUCGGUGGGUCGCUGCCCACAUGAUGUCCAACCACGUGACGCCUCAGGCGGUGGAGCUGCUGGUGGCUGCGGCGUUUGGCGGCGCGGGAGUGCCGGCCGGAGCGCCGCCUCCGGGGUCUCGUGUUACUGGCUUUCUUCGCUUCCUACAGCUGCUGGCCCGGUGGCCUUGGUCCCUGCGCCCGCUGGUGGUUGACCCGGCAGGGGAGCUGCGAGAGGCGGAGCGCAGGGACAUCCGCAAGCGCUUCGAGGCGCGUCGGGCCGCUGGAGAGGCGCCCGCGCUGUACAUCUGCACGCCUCGAGACCGGGAGUCGCGCCACUGGACUCAACGCGGCCCAAGCACAGCGGUGUUGCAACGACUUGCCGUCCUGGCAGCCCGCUCCUCCGCCCUUCUGCAGCUGCUCCUGCAGCCAACAGCCGUCGCAUCGGUUGCUCCCUCCCACGCUACACCUUCGGGCCUUCCUGCCGAGUGGCAAGGCGUCUUCUCAACUCCUGCUUCGGACUUUGACGCCUUCAUCCUUUUACGCAAGGAAGCCCUCCCGCACGCAGACCUAGCUAUGUCAGCACCACCUGCUUCAACGCAACGGCACGGCAGCAGCAAACCAUCCAAGGCGAGCACUCUACGAGAAGCCGCUGGUCCUGAGGCUGCUCUGUCCUCCCUGCUAUUACCGUCCGGCGGCGCUGUACGAGAUCUGCUCCAACCUGCCGUACCUGGUGGUCCGCCUGUCGCACUUGACGGCCCUGCGUCCGGGCCGGACGCGUUGUCGGACGUCUUGGAGGACGCAGGGCCCUCAGAGCCGCCUCCCAAGCGGGCUCGCGCCUUCCUGCGCUGCUUCCCAGACAAGGUGGUGGCGGCCAAGGGCGCGGCGAGGUUGCAACCGGAGCUGCUAGUGGGAUUCGACCCGGUGUCGCGGUUGCUGUCCGAACUGGCAGCAGGGUAUGGUCACCUGGCGACGUUUUGCGUCGACGCACUGGGCGGGCGGUUGGUUGGGGUGCGAUGGGCGCCGGAUGCUUUUUUGCCACAGCCUCUGCGGCUUAACACGGCGCAUACCGCGCUGCCGUUGGUGCUCACGGCAGCUGGGGAAGAGGAGGGUGCCAAGGGUGGCGCUGCAGCAGGAGGAUUGUGCGUGCCAAACGUGUUUGCUGUGUUGCGGGAGGUGAAGGAGCUGGGGCUGGGGUUGGUGGAGGACGUUGUGUUGCCGCCCUCGAGUGCCAAGGCGCGAGCGGCGUGGUGAGGCGUCGUGUUCUCGUGACGGG